GAAAAUGUCCAAUCUCACCACAGACACUAAUAAGACAAAAGAUAAUUCGAACCUUUGUUUAGAAAACUUGCAAUUUGCUGAUGUUUAAAAUGAAUAUGAUUUAAAGAAAAGCAAAAGCCGAACCGAACGAAAAAAGUAGUUGUCUAUGUGAAGAAAUUUGUUAUGAAAUCGUUGUUUCGGAUUGAAUCGAGAUAAAGUUCUGCUGAUUCGUUCAAUUUUUUUUAUUGCAACAUUCAUUGGAUUUAAAUAGUGAAUUUAAUUUAUGUAAUACGACCACAGAUCGUACGGAAUUGUUGUUUUUUUUCGUAUUUCCUAAUCGAAUGCAAUUCGGAAAUUUGUGAUAAGCGUACGGACGUCGAAUCGACACAUGCUCAAAAGAAAUUAAAAAUGAAUGAUAAUCCCGAUAGUCUAUCGAUACUGAGUCAAAAUGUUGACAAAAGUCAGGUUCCUCCAAUCGAUCAAAAGCGUAUGGUGGCAUUCAUUAAUGAAUUUAUCAUAUCAACGGUUUCAUUUCUCAACGAAUUCAUGACAAAUAUCGAAACGAAAUUCGUUGAGUUCGAAUUAAAGAUGCAAAAGAUCGAGGCAUCGUUAAUGAUAGUCGAAGCAAAGAUGGCUUCUAUACCAGAUGUUCAAGCAAAAGCGCCGCCACCGUCAAAUGAUCAAAGCGAAAAGCCACAAGAACAAGAACAAGAACAAGAACCUCAGACCACAAUAGCAGCUACUCAAGAUACACCGUCGACAUCACAAGCUAACGAAACUGAAAAUGUUGAAAGCAUCCGAGCACAAGAGCAAGACAAUAAGCAAAUGAGUGGCGCAAAAGCCAGUGAUGAUACACGAUAUCGAAAGUAUUUCAAAAUGCUUCAGUUCGGUGUUCCAGCACCGGCCGUCAAGCUGAAAAUGGCUAACGAAGGAUUCGAUCCAAAUGUUUUAGAUGAUCCCAAUCGGAUUUUUGAAGACGGAAUCCUCUUUGUUGCCUCAGAAGAAUAGUAUUACUUCGAGUCAAUGUGUUCGACUCAACUCAAUCUUAUUCCGUUCAACGAACUCAUUCCUGUUUAUAUUCUGGUUAAGCUAUUCUUAAGAAGAGCUAGAGAAGCUAGAGAAAAGUUGCCUAUUUUAUUCAAAUUCAUUUCAUCAAAUAAAAAGAUCUAAGAGAAUGGA